GUGCCCCAGGGGCUGCCCACGCACCCACCACCUACGCAGCCCUCUGCUGGCUUGUCUUGGCCUCCCCGCCCUGGGCAGCGGCCACCAUGUUCUCCUGCGUGAAGCCCUACGAAGAACAGAACUACUCAGCCCUGAAGCGGGCCUGUCGGCGCAGGAAGGUGCUCUUUGAAGACCCCAACUUCCCAGCCACCGACGACUCGCUGUACUACAAGGGCACCCCGGGGCCUGGCGUCAGGUGGAAGCGGCCCAAGGACAUCUGCCAGGACCCCCGCCUCUUUGUGGACGGCAUCAGCUCCCACGACCUGCACCAGGGCCAGGUGGGCAACUGCUGGUUUGUGGCAGCCUUCGUCGCUCGGGCGAGCGGCAGGGCAUCAGAGCACUGGGCUUCUCAGUCUUACAAGCUCAGCCCAGCCCACCUUACCGCCAUCCCCUGCCAACCAGCUACCGUGGCCUCCCGCCCAGGCACCAAGGCCGUGCCCACUCGGCUCCUGGACCGCGGCAGAGGCAGCAGCAGCACCUGGACCAUGGCAGAGGACGGGCCGAAGCAGCCACAGAUCAGCAUGCCGCUGGUCCUGGAUGAGGCCCUGACCAAGCAGAUGCGGCUGCGCGUGGAGAGCCUGAAGCAGCGCGGGGAGAAGCGCCAGGACGGGGAGAAGCUGCUGCGGCCGGCGGAGUUCGUGUACCGCCUCGACUUCAUCCAGCAGCAGAAGCUGCAGUUUGAGCGCUGGGACGUCCUGCUGGACAAGCCGGGCAAGGUCACCAUCACGGGCACCUCCCAGAACUGGACGCCCGACCUCACCAACCUCAUGACGCGCCAGCUGCUGGAGCCCGCGGCCAUCUUCUGGCGCAUGGAAGGCUCGGAUGCGGUGGAUUGGAACGAGGCCGACGCCCUGGAGUUCGGGGAGCGCCUGUCGGAACUGGCCAAGAUCCGCAAGGUCAUGUACUUCCUCAUCACCUUCGGCGAGGGCAUGGAGCCCGCCAACCUCAAGGCCUCCGUGGGGAGCCUCCAACCACUGCAGAGAAAGGGAAGGAUUUGCCCAAGUCCCACAUUGUUCAUGGCAGAAUGGGCAUCGAACCCAGUAUUCCUUCCCAUCUGGAAGCCUGCCCCCCCCCAUUUCCUCAGGAAGCCAGAUGUGACCUCAGUGUGUCCCCAUCAUGUCUCCCCGCUCCAGGUCAUCCCAGACUGGAAGGAGCAGGAGUGGGACCCCGAGAAGCCUGAUGCCUACGCGGGCAUCUUCCACUUCCAUUUCUGGCGCUUUGGGGAGUGGGUGGAUGUGGUCAUCGACGACCGGCUGCCCACCGUCAACAACCAGCUCAUCUACUGCCACUCCAACUCCCCAAACGAGUUCUGGUGUGCCCUGGUGGAGAAGGCCUAUGCCAAGCUGGCGGGCUGUUACCAGGCCCUGGAUGGAGGCAACACGGCGGAUGCGCUGGUGGACUUCACAGGUGGCGUUUCUGAGCCCAUCGACCUCACCGAGGGUGACUUUGCCAAUGAUGAGGCCAAGAGGAACGCACUCUUUGAGCGCAUGCUGAAGGUGCACAGCCGGGGAGGCCUCAUCAGUGCCUCCAUCAAGGCGGUGACAGCGGCAGACAUGGAGGUCCGCCUGGCCUGCGGCCUGGUGAAAGGCCACGCCUAUGCCAUCACCGACGUGCGCAAGGUGCGCCUGGGCCACGGCCUGCUGGCCUUUUUCAAGUCCGAGAAGCUGGACAUGAUCCGCCUGCGCAACCCCUGGGGCGAGCGAGAGUGGAACGGGCCGUGGAGCGACACCUCAGAGGAGUGGCGGAAGGUGAGCAAGAGUGAGCGGGAGAAGAUGGGUGUGACUGUGCAGGAUGAUGGCGAGUUCUGGAUGACCUUCCAGGACGUGUGCCAAUACUUCACCGACAUCAUCAAGUGCCGCCUGCUCAACACGUCUUACCUGAGCAUCCACAAGACCUGGGAGGAGGCCCGGCUGCGCGGGGCCUGGACGCGGCACGAGGACCCGUGGCAGAACCGCAGUGGGGGCUGCAUCAACCACAAGGACACCUUCUUCCAGAACCCACAGUACAUCUUUGAUGUCAAGAAGGCAGAAGAUGAAGUGCUGAUCUCCAUCCAGCAGCGGCCUAAGCAGUCCACCCGUCGGGACGGCAAGGGCGAAAACCUGGCCAUCGGCUUCGACAUCUACAAGGUGGAGGAGAACCGCCAGUACCGCAUGCACAGCCUGCAGCACAGGGCCGCCAGCUCCAUCUACAUCAACUCACGCAGCGUCUUCCUGCGCACGGACCAGCGGGCGGGGCGCUACGUCAUCAUCCCCACCACCUUCGAGCCAGGCCACACUGGCGAGUUCCUGCUCCGAGUCUUCACUGACGUGCCCUCCAACUGCCGGGAGCUGUGCCUGGAUGAGCCGCCCCGCUCUUGCUGGAGCUCCCUGUGCGGCUACCCCCAGCUGGUGACCCAGGUGCAUGUCCUGGGGGCGGCUGGUCUCAAGGACUCCCCGACAGGGGCCAACUCUUAUGUGAUCAUCAAGUGUGAGGGGCACAAAGUCCACUCAGCCAUGCAGAAGGGUACCUCGACGCCUGAGUACGAUGUAAAAGGCAUCUUCUACCGCAAAAAGCCAGGCCAGCCCAUCACUGUCCAGAUCUGGAACCACCGAGUCCUGAAGGAUGAGUUCCUGGGCCAGGUGCAGCUGAAGGCUGACCCCGAUGACCUCCAGGCCCUGCACACCCUCCACCUCCGGGACCGAGACAGCCGGCAGCCCAGCGACCUGCCGGGCACCAUUGCCGUGCGCAUCCUCAGCAGCGCCACCCUCACGGCUGUCUGAUGCCCGUCCGCCUACCUGGCCCCCACAAUUCUCACCACCGUCUGCAUGUCCCCUGCCAGGGAUUAGCCUGGGAGCUAGGACACCGGGGUCCUUUUCCCAACUUUUCCACUGACUCGCUGUGUGACCGUGGGGGUCUCUGGCCCUCUCUGGGCCUCAGUGUCCUGAGGACCCCACAGCAUUCCUUUCUCACGGAGAAGUCUUCUUGCCUGAGAUUUAAAUAGCCCGCCCUUCCCCAGCUGUUCCCAAGGCUAAGGGACUCUAUCCGUUGAGAAUGUUUCCCCAAGGCCCCGCUGUCAGCCCACGGAGUGCCAAGAUGCCACUUGUUUACACACAAACUGCCAUACCCCCGAGCCCCACUCUUGCCCCUCCUUUCCUGCAACGGCCCCCGUGCCCCGGACAUCGCUUUCUCUGUCACCAAAACUUGACUUUCUGGCCACCUUGAAAGGGCUCGUGGCCUCUGCUGGGAUCCUGCUCUGGCUGGAAUUUGGGAACAUGCAGGUGACAUCUGUUCAUUCUCGAAUUCCAUCCACCUGCCCAUCCCUUCAUUUCUUCAAGAGAUUUGCCAAGUGAGUAAGCGACCCCAUGAGACCCCAGGGGGAGCUGGGCCCCUGCCCACAGCUCUGGGAGACCUGGCGUCCAUGCUGGGCCGCAGCUCUGCUCCGAGGUCCUCUCUGGCAAGUGGUUGGAUGCCCAGAGAGCUGCGGCUACCGUCUCACCCCGUGUUGAUUUCCUCCCCAGCCUCUGGUUUAAGGCCCCCCCCCCCCCCCCACAGAGGUUUUGUCAGCCAUGGAAAGGAAGAGCAUCUUCCUGUCUCCACGGCCCUGGUCCCAGAAGGCGUGUGCCCAGUUUGGUGGCCAGGGCCAGGCGGGUAGGGAGGACAUGUGGACGCAAGUUGGGGGGGGCAUAUUCUCAGGACCCCCUUUGCUGCAAGCACUGGGAUUUCCUGGGAGAAGGGGCUCUGGGUUGUUGGCAUCAGGGCUUGGCAGGAGAGAGGGAAACCCAUCACCAGACCAGAGGCUCUCCGCCAACAUUCCCCCCAAAUGCAGCCAGGGAGGCCACAGCCCUCUUCUUGCUGCCCGGACCAAAAUGUUCCUUUCAGUCCUCAACAUUUUAUAUUCUUUCUGUUUUAAAACUCUCAGUUUUAACCAGGGGUUUUAAAAGCCUGUGCACCCCUUUUCUCUUCUUCAACUCCAGUUCUUGUGGUCCUCUGGUUUUAUUUUUAUAUGUUUUUAUUGAUUU